AUGGCCCGCUCCGGCGGUUUCGAUGAGCGUCCAGCUUCCGCGAUGUCUGAUGCUUCUUCUAAUGAGUCGGAGAAAGACGACAUGUGGUCAUCCAUGCUGUCCUCUGUUGCUUCUUCGAAAAGGCUACCUCAAAAGUCCAUCCUGGUUUUAGGAGGAUCAGCCGAUGGCCAAAAAGAGUUUGUUGAAUCCUUAGGUGUUGGUGGGGCAGGAUCCGGAGGUGGACACAGGAAGGCCGAUAAAAGACCACCAAUUGCAAACGCGUUUGCCCUCGGAUACACUUAUCUGGACGUCCUGGAUUCUGACCACGAAGAUGUGCUUGCCCGGCUCGGAGUAUACCUGAUCUCGGAACCGACACCAUCAUUCAUCCCGCUUCUACGUCCCCUGUUUACCGCCGCAACCCUCCCAGAAACCCUCAUAGUCAUUUUGCUUGAUUGGUCCAAACCUUGGGAUUGGACGCGGGAGAUAAAAACCUGGGUUCGGCUAGUUCGAGGUAUCUUUACUAGCUUGGAUGACGAUUGCAGGAGGACCUUAGAUGAAGUUACACAUGCCUGGGAAACCAGAAGAAGCACACAUACUGAUUCUGGGGGCGCUGGGGUUGGGGAAGUAACAAUCCCUCUUGGGCCGGGAGAGUUUGAUGAACCCAUCGGUUUACCAUUAUGCGUGGCCGACAAAAUUGAAGUGUUAGAAAGGGAACGUGGUUGGAAGGAGGAAGAAUUCGACUUCGUUCUUCAAUUUCUGCGGACAAUUUUACUGAAGCAUGGAGCAUCAUUAAUUUACACUACACCUUCGGCGCCGUCUCCAAUCCGGCCGUUGAUAUUUUCGCUUCUCUCUAUCCCAUCGCCACAACGUCAACAAGUUCUUAAACACAAUGUAAUUGAGCGUGACAAAGUUCUUGUGCCCCCUCAUUGGGACUCAUGGGGCAAAAUUCGUGUUCUCAGAGAGGGCUUUGAUGUAGAGGGAAUAAACUCAGGAUGGAGUGUUGAUAUUUCACCGCACGUGGAAGAACCAGAGAGCGAAGGCGGAGCAGUAGAGGUUUACGAGGAUGUGAUCAAGGAAUCAAAACGCGGCGAGACGGAGGGAAUUGCACUGCUCAAUAAGAAUGGGGUUAAGGUUAUCGAAGUCACAGCAGUUGAUACCCAGGAAUUUCUCGCCACCCAACUAGAGGUCCUGGAAGCUAGAGCAGCCGAGGAAAAAGCAGCUCGGGGUGGCAAGGAAGACAAAAACAAUCAGAAUCAUGGAAGUGGUGAGAGGGUUAUCGAGCACGUUGGACCAGUGCAAUUUAAUGUUGGAGGAAUUCAGGUCGAUGCUGAAAACAUGUUGGAAAGAUUAAAAGAGAGAGAAGCUAGCAGGGCUUCGGAUAGGGAGCCUUCUUUGGCUAGUCAGGGUGGAGGCGAUGGCAAGAGUCAAAAUGAGGUUUUAUCAGCAUUUUUCAACUCUCUAAUGAAGAAGAAAGGCACACCUGCAAAGGGAGCCUCUCCAGGAUCAUGA